ACAGGUGUGACCCCUCCCCAUUUGACCCACCCACAACAGAAAACCUGCACCCCAAAAGAUGAUACAUUUUGCUAAUUAUUGUUAUUUAUUUUAGAUAGUUUGUUUAUUCUUAUUUUGUUUUCCAUUUUGACUGUUUUGUAAAUUUCAGAUAUUUCAGUUUACGGGAUCCCCUAUUCUACACCUCCAUGAAAGUAUGCAAGAUAUAUCUAUGUCAGCACUUACCAUAUCCCAACUGGAUCAAACAAAGCAACAAUUUGGAAGGCUGUUUUCAAGACUUGAAGCUCUAGCAGACAUAUGUGACAUUCAUCUCCUGGAAACAUGGAAAGAGCUGCAAACUCCCCUAGGUACCAUCAAAAUUGCCCCAAAUGGCAACGUGUUAAUGGAUAGUCAAGUAUGGGACCAAAUAAAGACAACAAUCAAAGAAUUGGAUGAAUUGGAUGAAGGUAAUUCACUGGGCCAACUAGUGCAACAAUUUCAGAUGGCUCUAUACCAUCAUGCCCUCGGUAGUGAAGCUCCAUUAUAUGAGCCAGCAGCAAUGAAAGCGUUCACACAAAAACAGUCUCCAGGUCUGUUUGAAAUGCUUUUAAGUUCAAUAACAAGGGAGGACUCCAGACUCUCAGAUGAACAUCAAGCUGUACAGGAGCAAAGAACUGUUGUUCUCCUUCACACACUGGCAUAUUUCAGGUCUCAGAAAACUUCCACCCUACAAAAGGAUGAAGGGCUAUUCCUACAACACCAUGGUGCUUCUAGGACAGCAAUCAAUUCAGGAAGGAUACUUGGUUUCAGUACAAGUCCUAGAAAUAUUGAUUCUCACAAGAAAGCACUAAUAACAAAAUAUCCAGACAUACUGAUGAGAAAGGUUAUCCUGGCAACAGAGAAAGGAUUCCUAAUUGUACAACUGUUGGAUGACUUCCAUAAUAUUUUGCCUGUUAGACUACCAACAAAUCUGAAGCUAUCAUUAGCUACGCACAUGGCUAGUGGCCUACUGGACAUCCAUCCUUCAAUUCCUGCUGUUCCUAUUCCUACAAGAGAUACAAGACACAGCCGAGUGAUUGUGAAGAUAGGGAAUGAAAAUAAAAUUUGCAGAGGAGGAAUUGUUCUAGACUACAUAAAAGAGUUGUUUCAAAGACCAGUGUUAUCAAGAAUGUACUUGGAAACAAAUCACCAAUGCAUUUCACCAAAAAUACAUCCAACAACAACUAAAGGAAUUGAGGGUCUAUUCUGGGUUGUCGCACGAUGAGCUCUGUACCCUUGAGUCUACUAAUUUAAUAGAUGAGUUUGAGCUAUCUUUGAAAAGUGUGGAGGACUAUAAAUCAGCCAUUGAUCACAUAUUCCUGUGCUGUCCACAACUGGAACAUUACUUGAAAAAAAUUGUAGUACCAGCACCCGGGGACUGGCCAACUUGGUUUUAUCAAAAGAAACUCAUUGCUCAAGAAGUCAAUGCAGAUGCCAGUUUCUUAUCAGUCAUCCCAGAGACGGGCCCAUUUCAUGUUUUCCUGAAUCUACAAGAAGAUGUUGUAACAAUUUAUGACUUCUUAUUUAAAAAAGUGUACAAAGAGACAUUUGGAUCUGACUUACCCAACAAGCCAAAGCCUUUUCGCGUCAGCCUGGUAAUAACUGCUGUUUUUCUGGCGUGGGGCAAAUUUUGUGAUAAAGUUCUACUAAAAUUCAAGCUCAUACAUAGAGUAUGCUUCCAUUCUGUUUCUUUUAGAUGAGGUGGUUCCCAUAUCAUUCUUCCACUAUCCUGUUACAUUCAGGUCUGGAGACAUGGAAUCAUAUAUAACAAUGAUGUUAAAGUUAUCUCUACUGUUUAUAAUCUGGAAAAGGCAUCAUUAUGACAGAUCAACACUCUCGAUGCUUAGUGACUUUUCUUUUCACAAACAACAUUUUUCACAGUACCAUGAACUUAAAAAGAAAUGGAUGGCUCUAAUAACUGAAAAGAAAGUUGAAAUCUGGCAUAGUGUGCUACGCAGCUUCAUUUCAAGUUAUGACAGUGCUAGUCAAAUUAGGGACAAAGCCCUGUCAUUUGCUGCAUCAAAGACAGAACAGCUCUUUCAUAACUAUUUAACAACACCAUACAGUAGAGGUUAUUCUGAAAAAGACCUAAGUUUGGUGACUGGUACAGCUGCUGAUGCAUUACUGAAAAUCAUCAAGCAAGUUGGUCAAAAUCUGGGAAAAGCAAAGCAGGUUCCACAAGAAACAAAUGCAAGAGGGCAGCCUAAAGGAGACAUGAAAUUUUUUCUUCCUACCUUUGACACCACCAUUACUUCAAAAGCAAUGCCCCUUGGCUACACAUUUGUAAAAGAAGACCCUUCCACAAUACCUGAUCCUAAAUUAAUCUGUGACUACAAAAACUGCACGCAAUUAUCAACAACCAAUGUCAAUCGCCUUAACUGUUUUCACACAUUUCACAAUUUUUGUUUAGAAGAAGCUGGAGACCAGUGUCCAAUCUGUUCCCCUCACCUUGCUGAAAAUAUUGCAGAAAUCUGUUCAGCAUUUAAUGAAAGCUUGUUGAAACCAACAGCAAAAUCUACUAGAACCCCACAAAGCAAUCAAGAACCUGGUAGUAAUGAUGAGAAUGACAGCAUUAAUGUCAAAAGAAAUUGUGACCCUGAAUACUAUGACUCUGCACAAUGGGAAUCCCACAUUGA